CAGAGAGGUUCGUGCGGUCAUAUUUCCUCCAGCUCAUGACCGUAGUGGUCAGAAAGUAUGGCAAAGGAGCAUCAGCCUGCGAUACAUGGCAGGCCUGGAAGUGAGUGUCAAGACAAAGCCGCUGUCCAUCCUCUUCUUUGUCCUUUCUCAACGUAUUGCAGAGGACUCAAACCAGUACACUAAUCGCCCCGUACAUCCGGAUCACGGCGGCGACAGGGGUCCUGUCGGAUCUACUAUGGGAGUAGGGUCAACGUCAAAUCCAAAUUUUGAGCGCCCAAAACCUUUACUCACCGUCGCUGAACGGGAGCGCAUGGCUAGACAGCAAUUCGCUAUGAAUGGCAUCAGGCAAGAAAGACAGCACACUCAAAAUGCGGGCGUUUUCAUGCCUGAAGAGGGUGGCCAGGCGUCUCAUUACUUUAACGAUACCUAUCGCGGGGGCACAUCGGGUGCAGACCCUUCAUAUCACAUACCACAGCCCAUCGCUUCCAGCAGGGACCGCCAUCGUAUUCCGGCUUUAUAUCAGGAGCGAGACAGAUACAGGUCACAUGCCAACAUUGAUCCUCCAUCCUAUAACCCAACCUUAUCUUCAUCAACGACAUAUGGCCCAGGUUAUGCAGCCCCUGCCAAUAUGCACCCAGUUUCUGCAAUCACCGCUGCCAUGAAAUCAGUUUCGUUUGACGAUAGCGGUGAGCAGUCCAGCUCAAAUCCCAAAGGCCGGAGUGGUCCAUCACGCCCGCAAGAUCCGUACACACGCCCCGGUGUGCCACCACCUAUUAUUAGACCUGCCAUCGCCAAGAAAUCGGUCUCGUUGGACAGCGGCGUUCAACCUAGCAUGAGUCUUAAUCGUCCGUCUCACAUUCAGGAUUCACAUGCACGCUACGGCGGACCCCCACCGUCUAGCAGUAGACCUAUCAUUGCCCAGAAAUCGGCCUCGUUCGAUAGUAGCGGCUUUCAGCCCAGCUCGAGUCGCGAAGACUGGACUGGUCCGUCGCGCUUGCCGUACGAAACCCGCCAUGAGUCUUCAUACUACCAGGAGACACCAAAGGAGGUCUCGCAGAACCGGCAGUCGUCUAACAGGCUCGAUUCUCAACACCCCUCGCUAAACAUUACGAGCGGGAGCCAUUACUAUCCCGUUCGGCCUACCAAUACCCAUAAUGAUGUAUCUGAGGGCGAGUAUCAUCAAACACUCAACCAAUCAUGGAAUGAAAUACAGCGCAACGAACUCGAGAUGAGAAGAAUGCAAGAGGAGGAAACCAAACGCAAAGAAGACGAAAUCAAGCGGAAGGCUAUGCUUGCGAAGAAGAAAGAAGACGAAGUCAAGAUGGGGGAAGGGCAGGCCCAGAGAAGGGAAGGGCCUACAAGGCAUGCGGAGAACUCAACAAGGGGGUAUGGUGCGGAAGAAAGACGUCCAGCACAAGAUCCCGCGUUGUACCGGGAGGUGACGACACAAAGGGAAGGUAACUUAAGACGCAUGGAGGAAGGUAGGUUCAAAGGAGAGACGGCGCGCGCUACAGAGGAAGAGAACCGGAGGAAGGAAGAAGAACGCGUACCGUGGAAAGAGGAAGUUCAUUUGCUGGAGGAUCUUACUAAACAAGUCCAGGGGAAACUGCCCUACCCCACUGCUUUCGGAGGUUUUGGAGACAUCUGGAAAUGUUUUUUGGUCAAGCCCAGCAGGCCCAGUGAGGUAUGUACAGCUUGUGGCACUUGCUACCAUAUUAUCUGACUGUGAUGUAGGUGGUGGCAGUGAAGACCAUUCGCGCGUUCCAGGCGGACAACGAGGAAGAGGUACGAAAGAAGGCGAAUGUAAUGUUUCUAUUCCAUUCAUGUCGAUCUUUCGGAUGAUGACUCGGCUUA